CAGUUCAGUUAGCAGAAUUGGACCAAUCUACCUAGUAGUAAAGGAUCUGUGGAAGUACAACGCAAAAUUACCGCAAUCGAGGAUUUUAUUAUUUGUUUUGCACGCGGAUCGUGGAUGAUGAGCGCUGCUCUUCCCCAAGGCUGCGUUUUAUACCAAACUCGAAGGUAGCGCAGUGUUUACAACGACAAUGCAAUGUGCAACCUGGUGAACAUUUACGGCCUACACAGAGGUCUUUCAGCCUCCUGAACGCCCAUCGACCCCCCCCCCCUUUCUGGCACCGGAGGAUGCUGGGAAUGUGUCGUGGGCGCAGGAAGUUCCUGGCUGCAUCUGUCGCCUUGCUUUUUAUUCCAGCGCUCACCUGGUUAUAUCUUUCUGCUGCAAACUUCACAGUGAAGCCACCCCUGUCCCCAGCGGAGCAUCAAUCCUCCACACUGGCCCUGGAGCUGCGGGUUCGAGAGGUAGAAGAGGAAAACCGAGCACUCAGAAAAGAGAUUAGCCAGCUGCCAAGGAGUCCUACCCAUGGCAACCAGCAUUCCCAUCACCGCAGCAGCCGACACCAUGGCAACCAGUCCCAGGUUUCCACCGAAGAGGGUACUGGUGACAGUGAAGCUCAGAAAGCACUCUCUAAGGUCAACAGCUCCAGCUGUGUCCAGCAACCUGCUGUAGAUAAAUGUGAGACCAUUCAUGUUGCCAUCGUGUGCGCGGGGUAUAACGCGAGCCGGGAUGUGGUGACGCUGGUCAAGUCUGUGCUUUUUCACCGACGGAACCCUCUUCACUUCCACUUCAUCACCGACUCCAUCGCCAAGCAGAUCUUAGCCUCCCUCUUCCACACUUGGAUGGUGCCAGCUGUUCGAGUGGACUUUUACGAUGCAGACGAAUUAAAGUCUGAGGUGUCAUGGAUCCCCAACAAACAUUACUCUGGGAUUUAUGGCCUGAUGAAGCUGGUUCUGACUAAGACGCUGCCAUCAGACCUGCAGAAAGUCAUCGUUCUAGAUACCGAUAUCACCUUCGCUACGGACAUCGCUGAGCUGUGGGCCGUCUUUCACAAGUUCAAAGGUCAGCAGGUGCUUGGGCUGGUGGAGAAUCAGAGUGACUGGUAUUUGGGGAACCUAUGGAAGAACCAUCGACCGUGGCCUGCUCUCGGCCGAGGCUUCAACACUGGUGUGAUUCUCCUGCUGUUAGAUCGUUUGAGGAAGCUCAGAUGGGAGCAAAUGUGGAGACUGACGGCAGAGAGAGAGCUGAUGAGCAUGCUGUCUACAUCACUAGCAGAUCAGGACAUCUUUAACGCCGUGAUCAAACAGAACCCCUUCCUGGUGCACCAGCUGCCCUGCUUCUGGAACGUCCAGCUGUCUGAUCACACGCGCUCGGAGAAGUGCUACAGAGAUGUGUCCGACCUCAAGGUGAUCCACUGGAACUCGCCUAAAAAGCUGCGGGUGAAGAACAAGCAUGUGGAGUUUUUCAGGAACCUUUAUCUGACCUUCCUGGAGUAUGAUGGCAACCUGCUGAGGAGGGAGCUCUUCGGCUGUCCGAGUGAAACUGACCACAAUAGUGAGAAUCUUCAGAAGACUCUACUGGAGCUUGAUGAAGACGAUCCGUGUUAUGAGUUCAGACGAGAGCGUUUCACUGUGCAUCGCACACACCUCUACUUCUUGCACUACGAGUACGAGCCUAGCGCAGAUCAGACUGAUGUUACGCUCGUGGCCCAGCUCUCCAUGGAUAGGCUGCAGAUGCUAGAGGCCAUCUGUAAACACUGGGAAGGACCGAUCAGUCUGGCUCUCUACCUGUCGGAUGCUGAGGCGCAGCAAUUCCUGCGCUAUGCUCAGGGUUCCGAGGUGCUCAUGAGCAGAAGCAAUGUGGGAUACCAUAUCGUCUAUAAAGAGGGCCAGUUCUACCCCGUCAACCUCCUGCGCAAUGUCGCUAUGAAACAAGUCAACACACCCUACAUGUUCCUGUCUGACAUUGACUUCCUGCCUAUGUAUGGACUCUACGAAUACCUCAGGAAAUCUGUAGUACAGCUGGACAUGGCACACACUAAAAAGGCUCUGGUGGUGCCUGCGUUUGAGACGCUGCGAUACCGGCUGUCAUUUCCCAAAUCCAAGGCUGAGCUUCUGUCCCAGCUGGACAUGGGCACACUCUUCACCUUCAGGUAUCAUGUAUGGACAAAAGGUCACGCUCCGACCAACUUUGCGAAAUGGCGGACGGCCACGACGCCGUACAGAGUGCAGUGGGAGGCCGACUUUGAGCCUUACGUGAUGGUGAGGAGGGAGAGUCCAGAAUAUGACCGCAGGUUUGUGGGAUUCGGCUGGAACAAAGUGGCUCACAUUAUGGAGCUGGAUGCACAGGAAUACGAGUUUGUGGUUCUACCCAACGCCUAUAUGAUCCACAUGCCUCAUGCGCCGAGCUUUGACAUCACCAAGUUUCGCUCCAAUAAACAAUACCGCGUUUGCCUCAAGACUCUUAAAGAGGAGUUUCAGCAGAACAUGUCACGACGUUAUGGAUUUGCUGCCCUUAAAUACAUGACAGCAGACAACAACAGCUAGCAAUGUCAUCUUCAUCUUUUACAUUUUUCAGGCGGAACCAUUAGGUAUCACACAGAAAACCAGUGCAAUGGGUCUGUAAUGGACCAAAAUGGACGUUUGGUGUAAGUCAGAGGAAUGUGUUGUUCCUUCAUAUCAUCCAGGAAUCUGCAGUGAUGACCGUUUUGUCACUGCUUUGGAAACGGCACAAAAUGCAGUCUGUCAUCUUUGGAUGUCUUGGCGCCGUCCUGGGCAAAUCCGCUUUCCAGAUGGAGCUGCUCCAUGAAAAGGAAUUAAGACAUUAUUAACCACUGGGAAAGCAAAAAAUUUUAUAAGGAAUGAUCCGUGUUCCAGUUAGCUGGACAUGAGUGAAUUUGAGCUGAAGAAAUGCCACUGCAGAGACUGACCUGUGGUUUGUUGGACAUCAGCUAUUGCCUAUAAGCCGAAACUAGCAUGUUUGUAUGUGCUUUUGUUUAGCAGCACUGGAUCUCAGACCAAGGACACAUUAGUUCUAUAAGCAACACAGGAAGGGAUUUCGUCAGGAGGACAAAUAAGGUUGUUUGAGACUUGAUAACAUGUUUACAGAAUAUAACAAGUGUUGUAAAAAAAAAAAAAAUGUCUUAGAUUUUAUAGCACCUUUGUGGAAUCACUUUUCUUAUCAGAGCUCAAUAAGAGCCCAAGCGGACCUAUGAUUGCAUCCAAUACAUACUGUAGUAACUGUUGUGUUUAUGGACAACGUCAGGCUCUCGGCAUUGACAAUCCAGACACAGAUGAAAGCCCCAAAUCAUGUACGUGUACAUCUGGAUAACAUUUUUUUUUUCAGCAUUUUAUUUUAGUAGUUCAAUGUUUUGGUGUCAUUGUUCUAUGUAGGUAUUAUGUUUUGUUUUCCGGCUAACAGAAAUGCACUAACGCCAAGGUUAAAAAGAGAACGUUUAGAAGCGUGUGUGUCUGGGUGUCAUUUAGGACACAAGGUAACUGCCAGUGCCAAUACAAUGGUGUACAGUUGUACACCAUUUAUUAGGGUUAGUUUGCACUUUUUUCUUUCUAAGCCUAAAAUUAAUGUCUGCGUAUCUCAUGAUGUGAUGUGAAAGAUCAUUUCGUGUUGUUUGAAUGAAAGAACACACAGUUCCCUCUACCACCAAUCUAAUAAACCAAGAAUAAUGAUGAAUUAACCAUAAAGCCAGACAUUUGAACUAAGAGUUCAAAUGAAUCUUCAAAAAACGAAUCCUGGUUUUGACCAAAUCCGGCAUGACAUCUGUUACCAGCUGUUAAGCAAUCUUAUUGGUCUCUUGCAGAUCUCUUUUAUAUAUAUAUAUAUAUAUAUACACAGUUCCUGUAUCUUGUAGAAACAGUAAAAUGGUUUCACGGCUAAUUUUUAUUUAUUUUACUGUUGAUCUGCUGCUCAAAGUUUUAUAAGCAACUGCCAACUGGUGCAGGAGACAGAAAAAAAGGAAACAAACUGCAUAUUUAAUUUCUUUAUAAUCACCAAUAGAAUUUGUACAUCGUUAGCUUUGAUACUUCAUUGUAGACCUGUUUAUUCUCUUUUGUUGUAGGUCAACGCUUUCAGCCUUUUUUCUCUGUUUGUUUUUUUGGUCAAAGGAUUUUUUUAGGCAAAACAAUUUCCUAAAAAAAGUUUUUUCUUAACUAUUUUUGCCUGAUUUUUAUCAUCCAAAAUUUUCCAGUGCAUCAUUAAUACAUACAGUUAGCUGAAAGUUAACUAAUAAGCUUGUGUCAGGUUUGCUAAAUAAGAUUGCACUUUUUACGCCAUGUCACUUGACUUGAGAUCAAAUGACCGAAAUCAUCUGCCUCCUACACAAAAUGUGAAAACUAAUUAUACAUGCUGUAUGUUUACUUCAGCUUUCAAGUGUGUGCAGA